CCCCUCGGCCGUCAGCGGUUCGGCCUCAACUGCGGUGACAGCUCCGCCCAGCUGACUCAGAGGCGGUCAAGAGACACGAAAAGCGAUGUCGGUCUAGAUGUGGUAGUUUCGGCACACAUAUCAGGUUAAUAUGGUCGCGGUUUGAGGCGAAUAAAAACGACAAAGGGAAGAUGGCACAGAAAGACACGCUGCUGCAUCUCUUUGCCGGGGGAUGUAGUGGUACAGUGGGAGCUAUCGUGACCUGCCCUCUAGAGGUGUUAAAGACACGCCUGCAGUCGUCUGGUCUCACCCUGCGUCCCGUUUUCCAGGUCCAGCUCGGCACCCUCAGUGGAACCGGCGUUAUCCGACCAGGGACUGUUACGCCUGGGCUGGUGCAAAUCUUACGAUCAAUCUUGGAGAAAGAGGGACCAAGAUCCCUUUUCCGCGGUCUGGGGCCAAAUCUUGUUGGCGUGGCUCCCUCAAGAGCUAUUUACUUUGCUGCAUAUUCCAAAUCCAAAGAGCUCUUCAAUGGCGUGUUGGUUCCCAAUAGCGGCUCCGUGCACAUGUCCUCUGCGGGUGUUGCAGCUUUUGUGACCAACUCCCUGAUGAACCCCGUCUGGAUGGUGAAGACCAGGAUGCAGCUGGAGAGAAAAGCCAAAGGAGAAAAGAAGAUGAAUGCCUUGCAGUGUGCACGACAUGUUUACAAAACAGAGGGCGUCCGGGGCUUCUACCGCGGUCUGACCGCGUCCUACGCCGGCAUCUCCGAGACCAUGAUCUGCUUCCUCAUCUACGAGUCGCUGAAGAAGCGCCUGGCCGAGUACCAGCUGGCUUCCCCAAACAGCGAGAAGGCCGCGUCUGACUUCGUAAGCCUGAUGAUGGCGGCCGCCUUCUCCAAGGGCUGCGCGUCCUGUAUAGCGUACCCUCAUGAGGUGAUUCGGACGAGGCUGCGUGAGGAAGGUAGCAAGUACAAGCAUUUCUUCCAGACGGGGAGGUUGAUAGCUUUGGAGGAAGGCUACGCCGCUUUUUAUAGAGGACUGGUUCCACAGCUGAUCAAGCAGAUCCCCAACACGGCCAUCGUCCUCUCCACGUAUGAACUCAUUGUGCAUCUACUGGGAGACUCCCAGUAAGGGAAGGUUUGUUGGCUCGGGCCUUUUCCCGCCCAGCACCACACCGUCGCCGGACAUGAACCCAUUAGUCUUGUUUAGCGGUGCCGGAGAGACUCUUGUUCGUUGGAGCCGAAGCCACUCUUCCAAAGAGCUACGCAUGCCUUGUUUCACUGGAGGCUUGUUGGGGAAUAGAAGGAGAACCUUUGCUGACCUGUGGAAAAUGCUGGUCUUCUCAGACCGCGUGUUAAGUUAACUCGAUUAAUUUAUCUUUUAUUUAGCGUACCGUCUUACUCCGAAGGGAUGUCGGCCGGAGUAGUUAUUCUUCCCAAGGGAAAUGUUGCGUUCAAGUGCUAGUUUCUGACUUUAAUGACCACACUGGCCUCUUGGGGACCCGGUGUUCAAUCUUCACAUAUCCAUGAUGCUUGUUUGGAGCUUAGAAGAACUUUCUUUAAUAUAUAAACACACAUGCUUACCUCUUGGCUUUUUGUGACCAACAAUGGUCCCUCUUUAUUUUAUAAUAUGUGAAGUUUGAUGCUUAUUUGACCAGUGGAUCAAUAAAAUGCAUCCAGACGCCAGAGGAA